CAGCAGAGAUGGGUCCGGAGAGGAAGCUGGACGUCCCGGUCUACGAUCUCUCUCUGAUCAGAGGGAUGUGGGAGGUCCGAGUGAAGAAGCACAGAGAGAGGCAGAAGAAGGAGAAGGAGAGGAUCGAGCAGAGCGCCCUCACCAGGAUCGACCAGGAGUGGCAGUAUCGCAUCUACUGUAAGACCCUGAAGACCUCCGAGCUCAACCUGCUGCAUCAUUACCUGGAGAGGUCGACCUUGACAGACAUUCAGCUGUGCACGGAGUCAGACCAGCAGCAGUGUCAGGAAGUCCAGCAGGAUCCCGAUGAGGUCAAACUGAGCUUCCAGCUGGAGGGAGAACGCUGGAUGGAUUUUCCCCGUGAGCUGCAGUGGAUGACCUACCUGAAAGAGUGGCACGUGAGGAGAACGAGGAUCCGCCAACUGCCUGACUACCUGGCUCUGUUUACCCAGCUCACCGUUCUGGACAUCCCCAAAAACGCCAUCACUGAGCUGCCGCCCGAGAUUGGUAAACUGACAGUGCUGAGGGAGCUGUACGUCAGCUACAACCGACUGUCCCGAGUUCCUCCGGAGCUUGGGAACUGUGAGAAACUGGAGAGACUCGAGCUCGCGGGAAACCACAACCUGUCCGAGCUGCCGUUUGAGCUGAGCAGCCUGAAGCAGCUGGUCCACCUGGACAUCGCGGAGAACAGGUUUGUCUCGAUCCCCAUCUGCGCUUUGAGGAUGACGAGCCUGCAGCUGCUGGACCUCAGCAACAACUGCAUGACCGACCUGCCGCAGGACAUGGACAGGCUGGAGCAGCUCGUCACCCUGUUCAUCCACAAGAACAACUUCAAUUACCUCCCUCACUGUCUCGCCAACAUCACCACGCUGGCGACAAUCGUUGUCAGCGGUGACGAACUCACCUGCAUCCCAACUAAACUCUGCAACAACCCCGAAAUCAAGUUCAUUCGCCUCUACGACAACCCUGCGAGCAAAGAGAAGAAGAAGAAAGAGGAGAAGAAGAAAGAGGGUGUGAGAAGGAGGUGGAGGGAGCAGAGGGAGGCAGAGGAGGUGAAGGAUAGUGGAGAGAAAGAGUUCAUUGAAGCGUACAUCAGCUCACUGCAGGACAGAGACACCGUCCCCUACGCCACCACCAAAGUCUCCAUUUCCUGCCUGCUUUGAGGAAGAGGAGGAGGAAGCCAGUGAAGGUUGAGAGGAUGAUGACUGAAGGAUGACAGCACUGAGGAAUUUCAAAAGAGGAUGCUAACAGAGGUUAACAUGAGAGGUGACGUGAAAAUGUGUUUUUAAUCUUUCAUACUAGCUCGAAAUUAUAAGAUAACAUAUUAAAGUUUAGUCCUUUAUUAAUAUUCUUUUUAAACUAAUUAUUGUUAAAUCGUUGAAUCUGGGAAAAAUAAAAUCAGCAGGACGUUCACGUAAGCACUGAAUGCAUUAAUCUCAGGUCAUUGUAAUUUAUUUCAAACUGCAUUAUUAAAAUUAAUAAUUAAGUAUUGCAUGUAGGAUGUUAUUCAGAGUAUAUUUAUUGGGUAUGAUACAACAAACCGAAUACAUAAAGAGACAUGCUCACAUAAAAAACAAAAAAAAAAAAAUUAUUUUUAAUAAUUGAAUCUCUUAGACAGGAAGUUCAAGUGUUUGAUAUUAAUUCAUAUUUCUGAUGCUGGUUGCUUUUUUGUCAGACUUCAAACAUUAAAACAUCAAAUGGAAAAAAAAAUCAUAUUUAACAAAAAUCGAGACGCUACAGUCGAAAUGUGUUUUUGGAUGCGCGUCAACUUUCAUAUAUUUACAUUAAAUAUUGAUGAAGAUAAAAUCAAUUCCUGUUAAUCGAUCACUGAACUGUUUUAUUUAUGAAUCUUUUUUCUUUUAGUUUUGAAGAUGUCGAUUGUCUAAAUUUCUUCAUUUCAAAAUCUAAUUCAGUUGAAAUCAAUAAAAACAGACUGAAGCUGAUUUCUUUGUGAUCCUGAGCAGAUUUGAUUUUUAUUCACUUUUACAUUUCUCACAUUUAUCAGCUGAUGUUUUCUGUGUAAAUGUAGUUUUUUGUUCAAAGUGUGAAAGUUGUGACCAAAUAGAGAUUUUCUGUUUAUCAGGUUUGAUUUCUAUGAUUUCUUUUAGUGCAUUUUUCUGUGGUUGUCAUAGUUACAAACUUAGCAGCUUUGAUUUGUGCAUUAAAAUAUAGAAAAGUUUUUGCUGUUUAAAAAGUUUUUGUUUUUUAAAGUUUCUGUAAAAUGGAGAAAAACGUUUUUGUAUUUGUGAAUUUUAUUGAAGCUGCUUCGAUUCAGACGUUUGUGAUUUAAUUUUUUAUUUAAUGUUUGUAAACACACAUUUUUCAAUAAUGGGCGCAUUUUUGACAAACUUUCUAAUUUAAAUAAACUGAAGUUUAAUUUG